GUGGUUACCAUAGCCAUCUGCGUCAUUACAAUGUAUUGAUUAGGACGGAAUAACCAGAUAUAUUUUCAAGCAGAAUUUCGACACCGAAAAUGCGCAAACAAAAUGGCGAGGAGGAGUCGAGUAGAUUCUCCUAUGGAGAUAUUCGACGAAAAUUCCGACUUGAAAAGAGACGAAAUAGAGAAACAGAAGAAAUUCUUAGAAGCUAGACAGCGUGCGCGUUCACCAUUUUUUAUUGGUUCCAUAGAAAAGGUAAAUAAAAAGAUCAGUAAACUUGAUAGAAAACUACAAAAAUACACACAGCUGGUUGUUGAGAGUCGGGCAUCAGAUGUUGAUGAUGGGGAUGCUGAGCAUAUCAACAGUGAAAGGGGACGAGACACAUACCAGAGGAGAGAAAAGGAAACAAGAGAAGUGAAUAAAUUUGCUGGGUAUUUUACUAUGAAACAAACAUUCUUACCUGGAAGAAGUGAGAGAGUGAAGCAUAUAUCGAAAGUCAGCAUGCAGCCCAGUAAAACUACAGCGGUGAAGAAGGACUCUGGAAAACCAAAAUUUGUAGAGCUACACCAGUACCCUGGGUUUGACCACACAGAGCUGACUGUACUCCCUGAUGAGAUCCUCGUAGAGGACAUGUUGAGGAAGGCUGCUGAUGCACAUGUACAACUGAAUGUAAAGCCAUCAUAUGCCCCAGACUUUGAGUUGUGGUACUACUCAGAAUUAUCAAAGGGAGUUUUUCUGGACAUGUUUUGGUUCUUGUUCCUGGAGAAGUAUCAGUCAAGUAAGAAUUCUCAAGUGAAACUCUUCAACAGGACAGCCCACAACUUUGUCAAACUUUUACUGUAUGUCAGGAAUCCACUCCACAGGGAUGUGUUUUUCAAGGACUACCCAAGUCUGAUGUCUCAAGCCAUCUAUGCUGCCUACUGCCACUCAUUCCCAGACUCCUACAAACAGUUUGGGGAGCAGUUUAAGGAGGACUUGGUGGCUUUGGUGUAUCAGUGGAUUGCUGGUAUCAAACCUACCCCUCGGAUUUGGAUGGCAUGGCAUUUUGAUAAACUUGAGCCACCAAACAUAAAGAUGAGAGAAGAAAUGGCAAAUGCUCAGAAAAAGAAGAAAACGACUUCAGCCACACUCAACUUUGACUUCUUGGACUCCCUGUUCUCCAGUAAUGGAAGUCAGUACACCUCUAUGACCUCCCUCAACCAAUCCGUGUCUAAGUCGUCCAUGCAGAGCUAUGGCGGCCGUAACAGGAAGCAUGGAACCCUGCGGAAAAGGGGUUCUGUAACGGGAGUGACACCCAGAUAUAGAAGUCAGUCGCCGGGUUCUUCACAGGAUGGAGCCAUUAUUGAUACAGUGGCUGAACAUCAAGUUGUGGAUAACAAAAGGAUGGGUGGAAUGGGCAAGAAACAAUCAGAUCCUCGUAAGAUAAUGGAUGCGCUGACACCAAUAAGGGAGACAACUCUAGAAGAUGAACAUGUCAAAAUGAAGAUAAAAACCUCAAACGCCUCUGUAGUCAUGGCAAAGGCAGCUGCAAUGAAAUCGUCCAAUGACAAAUUCUACAAAGAGUCUCACCCUGCUUGCAGAGGACCUGACUUCCGGCGUUCUUUGUUCAACAUCCAUGGCCAGAGUCCCCUAUUGGCUCAUUUCCUGCGCAUGAGAAAUAUAUCACAGGAGGGGGGUAUGGUGGUACGCGUCCGUCGCACGGAGCUCGAGAAUCUACCAGCUCUUGAUGCACCAACAUAUAAAGAACUAAUUAAAGAUUCCUUUAAGAGGGUUAGAGAGAUCGAAAAAGAAUAUGACCGAUUCUAUGAUAAGAAUGUGCGGGAGAGCUUAGCCUCCACAAAGAAACACCGGGAGAUGAACCAGGAGUACCAGAAGCUACAGUGCUCUCUACUGGCCAGACCCAAGGAGGUCAAACGUCUGUGUGAACUCCUAAUCCUGGAACAGAAUAAAGACCAAGACUCUGUGUCAGCUGGUGCUGAUGCUGCUCUCGAGUCAGCGUUACUGGCUUGUCAGGAUUGAUGCGCUGAUGGAGACGAGCAGGGCUACUCGUAUCUGUGAAACUUACAUCGGUACUAUCACUGCAGUAAGGACUCUGCUGGUUGUAGACAUGCUUACAACACAAACCAGCACAUUUAUGGUGGAAGUGUGAUGAUUCCAUUGGAACAGAUCAAUCCGACUUUCUUUUGGCAGGUAUCCCGUGCCAAAGUGUUAUACAGACCCAACUUUUAUUUUGAAUACAAUGUAAAAUGUGAAUAUUGUAAUAUACACAGGUUUGUAUAGUUCACACAAUGUACAUCAAGUCUGUUUAAUGAAAGUAUGUGCAAGUUGCAAAUGUGUGAUGACAUCUGUGCCAGUCAUUGAUAACCUACACCUGUACUAUACAGUGUUACCAUUACCUUUGACUAAUAUUCUGUAUUCCGUCUUUGCGUAUUGCAGAGUUAUCUUCUCUUGGAAACAGGUAUUGAUUGUUACGUCAUUGGUUUG